AUGAAGUUAGAUUUUGACAUGACUGACUUGGGAAAGAUGAGACAUUUUCUUGGAAUAGAAGUGAUACAAUGUGAAGCUGGGAUAUUUAUUUGUCAAAGAAGAUAUGCUCAAGAAGUUCUAGCAAGGUUCAACAUGGUAAGCAACAACUCAAUAAGGAAUCCAAUUGUUCUAGGAACAAUUUUACCAAAAGUUGAGGAUGGCACUGAAGUAGAUGCUACGAUGUUCAAACAAGUCAUUGGAAGCCUCAUGUAUCUAACGGUAACUCGACCGAAUUUGAUGUUCGGAGUGAGUUUGAUGAGCAGGUUCAUGGAAAAUCAAAAAGAAUCACAUUGGGCUGCUACAAAAAGACUCUUAAGAUAUCUAAAAGGAACCACAGAGCACAGAAUAUUCUAUAAGAAUGAAGGAAUAAAAACAAGUCUUAUAGCUUAUUCUGACAGCAAUUACGCGGGAGAUUUAGAUGGUCGAAGAAGCACUUCUGCUUUAGUGUUUAUGAUAGGGUCUGGAGUUGUUUCAUGA